ACUAAUCGUGUCUGGAUCCGAACGAGUGCUCGUACCGCGAGGCUCCCCCGAUCGAUGUGCGAAUUCCAGGACGCCGCGUAUAAUCCAGCCACUUUCUAAACUUCGAAUUUAACUCGUCAGCGUGGAACAGCAGUGCUCCGAAACAAGGCCUCAAAGAUGGGUUGACAAUCGUUUCACACCUCUACGCGCCCUUGAAUCGAGACAUUCCAUCUGCAGGAACAAGUACGACGUAUCCCACCGUCACCUGCACCGCACAACUUGACGACGAAGGCUAAUUAGCACAGGUUGUGCUGUAUUUUUAAUCCGAGAUUAGCGAGAUGAAACACCUUUAGCACGUACAAACGUGAUACGGAUGGUGUACGUAUACAGCUCGACGCCUUUGUCGCACCGAUUUUCCGUUUAACUUCUUUUUUUUCCAACGAUUUUUCUUCUCUUGUCCGCACAUUUUCUCGCAACGCCUCGCUAAGCCGACUACGCGUCGUCGGACAAACAAGCCUCCUUCCCCGCUUCAGUGUUGAUGUAUUCGUGCCUACCGUGCAUGCUCGUAUUUGUGUAAUAUACGUAUAUACAUUCGUGCAUAAUAUACGGCUGUUUAAUUCGGUGAACCGGUUGAUCAAAUACGACGCUGUGUAACCGAUCGCUUAUUUGCGCGCUGUGAUUCGGUAAGAGGAGGAAGGAAAGGUUUCUAAGGAAGGACUGACCGAACCUUCGAAGGGCAACCGCAACUUUACAUAUUGGAAAAAUGCUCAACUGUACGGACCUCGAGUGCAUCCUGCACCAUCAUCACUACUACGCACAUUUACACCAGCUUCAGCCUCAUCUGCCUCCGGAAUACGAUCAAGACGCACAAUCAACAGCUGCCGAUGACGGUGGUGAUGGAAUUCAAGGACGGGAUAACGAUACCGAUUCCUUGCAAUUGUUUCCACAACUUGAUGGAACAGUGGACAGCGUGUACAUGAUAUGCGGAGUUCUGAUCGCCAUGGUCCUGGUCGGGGCUAUCAUCGUAUUGCUCGCCGUGACGAUCAGCAAACUGCGGAAACGAGAGGAUCACUCAAACACCGUGCAUCCUGAUUCGGCCGUUGUACAAACUGCGGCUGCGCCUGUUCCUGCAUCCGCAUCACCGAUGGCCAACGGAGCCCUUCAGUCCUGCGACGCUAUGCCGCCGCACUGCACGGACCUCGGACCUUCCGCCGACCCGGAGCUCACCUACGCCGGUCAAUUUGUAUGGCAAUUCCCACCACCGUACCCUCCACCGCACACACCGCCGCCCCAGUACUCGCUGUACAGUAACGACCAGGACACACUCGUACACGCAUUACCUUCGGAGAGGGCCGGCUUUGCGAAAGGUUUUCGCAAGAACCUUGGCGGUCGCUGGCGACGCUUAGUGAAGAGAAAACCCGAGAUGGAAACAUGCUCCAUUCCACCAGAACUCAAGGAUCAGCUUAAGACCAUCUACGUCUAUUGACCUCGAGACCUUCCUUAAUAUUACUUCCAUUCAGUAAUUAAUGCUUUCCCAUAUCGUAAGAUAGUUCAUACUUCAUACCCCAUCUCGACGAAGGAAGGGUCGGUAUGCCCGGGAACAAAGCGCAACGAGGCUCAGGUCAAACCUCGGCCAAAAGACAAAGAUUUAAGGAAAAUGUGUAUGUAUUUUGAGAGACAAGAGAGGCGUCAAUGGGAGAUGUGGGCAAUGAAGCCCAUGUAUAGCAGCACAUACCGCAAAGUGCCUUAUGCCCUUGAAACCAGCCGAAAGCUAGCAUCGUUCUAGAGUAAUUUGAGAUUUGAAUGACGACGGCACCAAUUAUCGAACAUCUCGGUACUCUGUAUCUAUGCAAAAACUUCCAUUCGAGUUAUUUAUUAAUCAACUUGAGAUGUAGAGUUAUCUAGAAAAGUGCCUUUUUCAAACGGACAAAUCUUUACCUUUAUAUGCACUCGUAGAAGCACAAAAGAUGUUCAGAAGACAAAAUGGCGCGAUGGACUUGACGAGACUGAAACCUAAAGUGUACGACGACAAAACGAGGGUUGUACCCCGUAGCUUUUGAGUACGUUUUUACACGAUUAAAAAUUGAAAUCACUAUGUAUGUAUAGUAUUAUUCUGAAUGCGACCUGCCCAUGCCGUUCUGAGGCCGAGCAGCGCUAUUACUUAUGUAAAUAAAUGUAUAAAGCAAUAAUUAUAGUUUUUAAUGAGACGCUGAUGUUCCCAAUAUUGGUGUAAGAAUGUCGCGUGUACACGUAUUACGAAACUAAUUAAUUACUCGAUUGAACAGUCGAUUAAUUAAUUAAUUAACGAAUUGCUUGGGGUAAGCGGUCUCUAGGUAGCAUGUUUAGAACUUCCUUGCCCUGGAUUAAACAGUGUAGCAUUUUACUAUAUAAUUUGUACCAUAGAACGAUUUAAGACUAUUAUAACUCUUACGACGGCUCAUAUUGAGCCCAUAAUUUAGAUUGAAUAACUACCACGCUGUUUUAGUUAAAUUGUUGUAUUGUCUGAUAUCUCUAUUUUACUUAUUAUAAGUUGAUCGUUCGAAUGUAUUUUUGUUUCUGUAUACGUUUACACGCAAAUUUACAAGCACUCUUAUCCAAUGCGAGCAUUAUUGCGUAUACCUAAUAUACACCGAUAUAAAUGCUCAUAUGAGAAAAAAUCACGUAGCUAGACAGUUUGCUGCAUCAACUGACUGCAGAUCUUUUCAAUUUUCCCUCCAUUUUUAAGCAGCUCUCAAUCAGAUGCAGCGAAAGAUUUGAAAAUCAGGAUUUUGGUUUUUUUUUUCUCUGUCAAUAUUGUAUGAUAUUAUUCCGCUCAUCCCAGAACGCUCUACGCAAUCUUUAUUUUGAAUUCUCUAAAUCUCAUAAUUCGCAUAAUGCUAGUAGAGCAUAAGAGACCAUACAGAACCAAUAAUGUCCCGACGUGUAUACCUUCUUAAUAAGACAAUUUUGUAAUUCUAACAACAGCAUGAGCUGCGUGCUCAUGACCUAGUCACUUGUUUAUAUUGUCGGAAAUCCUAGUAUUAGAGAAAUUCUACGCAGCUUGCUAACUAUCGAAUAUCAGAAUACAACAAUAUCAAAUAAACUAUUCGAAAC